GACAGUAUAGAGUGAUUCGCCAUCGUAGUUACACGUGGCGCCGCGAUAACACCGCUCUCAGUGCCGACGUGCGAUUGAAAUAUAGAAUUUCAUAGUACAUUUUUGAAUAAAAAAAAUAUGGAGUUAAGUGUUGUUGAAAGCAAUUACCGGUUGUGACGAUGGCUCUUGAUGCGAAAUGGGCUGAAGUCGAGUUCGGAGUGUCGUCGACGGACCAGCGCCAAUGACAACCCGGUGCAGUGGGGAGCGCGAGCAUGGCGAACGCGACCGACGCGUACUGCGUGCCCGGCGCCACCGACUUCAACAAGGCUUACAGCCGACUGCACGGCUACAUAGCCCUUGUAGUCUGCAUCGUCGGCUCCGCCACCAACUCCAUCAACAUAGCAGUGCUCAGCCGUCGCGAGAUGACCAGCUCGACGAACUCCAUACUAACUGGCCUCGCUGUCGCCGACCUACUGGUCAUGUUAGAAUACAUACCGUACGCUCUCCAUAUGAAUAUCAAAAUAGGACCACAAGUGAACAAAAACACUUACUCGUGGGCUGUUUUUGUUUACUUCCAUUCCAUCUUCAGUCAAACUUUCCAUACGAUAUCUAUUUGGCUAGCGGUAACGCUGGCGGUGUGGCGUUAUGUUGCAAUUGCUUAUCCGCAGAAAAAUCGAACUUGGUGUAAUAAGAGGAAUACGACUCUAGCAAUUGUGAGUGCUUACAUUAUAUGUCCGUUUUUGUGUCUUCCCUUUUACUUUGCUAUGAACAUAGUGCCCAGUGAAGUGACACCACAGAAUAAUUCCGAGUUUGCAGAGGACCUCUCCUUACCGCAUAAUCGGACCGUGUAUGUGUUAGAAAUGUCCAAAAACGUUGAAUUAGUGACAGCAAUAAUGUGGAUUUACAGUGUCAUAUUAAAACUAGUCCCUAGUAUAGCUUUAUCAAUAUUAAGUUCAUGUUUAAUAUCAAAAUUAACAACGACAGAACGGAAGAGACAGAAUCUACUUAAACGUUCUACUGUUGGACCAAAUGAGGCUGAGAAGCAGUGCCUAGCAGAGGAGGCGUGUGCCAGACGAUCAAGUCGCACUGAUCGUACAACCCGCAUGUUGCUUGCAGUGUUGGGUCUGUUCCUGUCCACGGAGGUGCCUCAAGGUCUACUGGGGCUGGCCAGUGCGCUAGCCCCUAACUUCUUCAAAAAUUGUUACAGCAUGUUUGGCGUGUCGAUUCUACUGCGCACUAAAAUGGAAAGAAGAGCAACUAAACUAUUAUAUGAAGACAUACGCAUUAUACAUAGAAACACCGGUAGCUAUUCCAUAAUUGGUUCCAUCUAUUGGGCAGUCCUAUGCCUCAGCAGUGAUUUAAUGGAUAUGUUGGCAUUGUUCACGUCGUCUGUGAACUUCGUGCUGUACUGCAGUAUGAGCAGACAGUUCCGCUGUACCUUCGCGAGGCUGGCCCGCAGGAUGCUGUCGGCGGCUGAGGAACCAGUCAAGUUGGGGACCAAACUGGAACCAACAACGCAGGUCACCGGGCCGCUAUAGCGUCAAAUGCCCGCCCUUAUAAGGGUGGUAGAAGAGAGUAUAAUAUAAGAAUGCAAAGGUACCUAAUUCGCUCUCUAGGACGAAUAGUUUGUAGGUAAUUUAAGAUAUAGUGUAUAGAAUAAAUUCGAAUUAUUUAAGUAGUGUAUGUUAGAUGAAUUAUAAAAGUAGUUCUCUAGUUUUUGCGUCUUUUGAGCCACGACGCAAGAUCUAGAUUUUGUACACACUUAUCAAUAAUUAUGUUAUUUUGUACAUUCACCGCCGGACACUAUUAGAUAUUUAAUACUAGGGUCCAAAAGUGAUUUAAAUAUUAAUUAAUUUGUAGUUUCAACUGUUGAUGUAAACUUGCAUUUAUGUAAGCCAAAGUUAUUUGUAAUUUAGAAUGUAAACUACGAGUAUUUGAUGUUAAACCGUGUUCUUGUAAUUGUUGUAAAUAUGAUUUCAAUAAAUAGUGUAAAAUGAAACGGUUCAUACCAAAUAUUAACAAUAUGAAUACUUGUCAUGUCAAUAUAAUAUAUAAGAAAAGUUCUUUGUAAAUAAUUCAUGAGUGGUAAGAAUAAUUCUUUCGUAAUUUUUAUCUUUUUUAUUGCUAGGUCUUGGAUUGACGGUCUCUUUAUAAAAUAAUGUGUGUUCACAAUACGCACGAUUUUUAUCAUUCAAAUAAAUCAAUGCCAAAUAAAAGUUUAAUUUCG